AUGUCGACAAUAUCUGCUUGUUCAAAUAAGUUAACAAAUGAACGUCAUAGUGGGAAUAUAUCGACUUCACUGAUUGAAAACUUUAAUAUACAUCAUCAUGGUGUUCACAGUAAUCAUCAUCAACAUGACAAUACUUUAUAUCCAAUGAAUCACAUGGCUACACCAGGUCCAUCUCCUUUUUCAAAUGAAAAGUCAUCUGAACAACGUCGUCAAAAUACAUCGUUACCCGCACCGCAUUUAUUGUUGCAAUCGAAAUCAGAUUAUUCACGACCAUCUGUGUUAAACACCCACAUUCAUAAUAGUAACAAUAAUAAUAGUAAUAGUAUUAAUCGUGCUAACAAUUCAUACUGUACAUCAAAUAGUUUAAACUAUUCAAAUAAUUCAGAGGCUGUGAAUUUGAAUCAUUGUGAUCAAACUAUGGAGAUUAAACAACCAUAUAUUAAUACAACAACACCUACUACUACAAUCACUAGUACUGCUGUUAGUGUUACGAAUAAUUAUCAUAAUGGUACAAGAAAUAAUUACAUUUAUCAACGUACUAAUUUACUGAAUUCUCAAUAUAAUCAGUUGACUGAUUCUAUAGCCUAUAAUGAUAGUAAUAAUAAUGAUAACAAUAAUAAUGAAUACAUGAAUUAUUCAAAUAUGCCAGAAAGUGAAUUCGGACAUUGGAAUACUAGUUCUCUUACAGAUGAUUUGAAAAUCAACUCUAGAUCAGGAUUUCGUCCUCAUCUGAUUGAUGAUACUCAACAAUUGUCGUCAUGUGUAAAUGGAUUUCCAGUAUUAUCACCUACUGGGAAUACAACGGUUUUCUCAAAUAUGAAUCGUUGUCCAACAACUUGUCCAACACCAAGACAUGACGAUCAUUCAGGGCAUCAAACGGGAUCUCAUAUAACUACAGGUAGCCAUACACAACAUCAUGCAUUUCAAGCUAGUGGAUAUUGCAAUAUUGGAGAUAAUAUUUAUGAGAAUAGAACACAUAGCCCAUCUAAUUUGACUUGUGGACAAAAUAUACUUCACUCAAGAAUCAAUUGUGAUGUAAAGAAUCCACCCCAAGUUUCUAAUCGUUCUUCACGUAGUGCCUCCACACCAACACGAUUAUUGGCUGUUUCAACAGCAAGUCCGGUGACAAGCACAAUUACCAUGACUCCUGAUUCUUCAACUAUAGGUUUUUCAGGCAAUAAAUUUGGUUGUUCAUCAGAUGAUGGUGAAGCAUCACCGACGCCGACAUGUAGCAGUGGCUGUCCACAAACUCCAGGAAGAACAAGAAAACCUGCACCUACAUUAGCUACUGGGCGAAGAAAUCUGAAAGGCGAACUAGUUGAUCCAGAUGAAGCAGAUCGUCGAAUGAAACGACGUGAACGAAAUCGUAAAUCUGCACAAAAAUGUCGUGAACGUAAAGUUCAACGAACACAAGAAUUACAAUCACAAGUUGAAUGUUUACAAUUAGAAGCUAGUAGAUUAAUGCAAGAAUUAGAAAGUUGGCGUUCACGAGCAAAACAUUGUGUUAUAUUAUUACAACGUCAUUGUCCUGGAGUUGCUGUACCAUAUUUGUCAUGUUUAAAUGAAGUACCAGUAUGUUUAACUAAUUUCAAAGAGCCUUUAGAUGAUUUAAAUGAUUUAUUAACAUCAGACAAGAAUAUGGAUUGUGAAAUUCAACAUUAUGAAUGGAAGACAAAAGCACUUGGGAAAACGUACACUAUAAAUGAAGUAUCAGAUGAAAAUUUCAUCUCUAAUGAAUCGUCAUCAUUACUUCCUCCAGUUAAUUUGUUACAUUCCCAUAUAACACCAAAUAGAUCAAAAUCUUUAUUUGGUUUCUCUUCAAAUAAUUCUGUAAAAGACAAUGAAAGUCGCAUUUUUACACAAAAUUCUGAAUCUAACAAAGUGUCAACUCUUAAUCAAGAAGAUCAUGAUAUCUCAGAUUCUAUGUUAAUUCCAAUGUCAAGAAGUACUUCACAAGUAUCUGUACGUGGUCCAGCCUCUGGUUCAUCAUCAUCAUCAUGCUCCACUUAUGAAUUAUCAUUUCCUUCAUUGGAAAAUAACUCUCAUAGUUUAAGUGAAGCUAUUACAUUUAAAGAUUAUUCACAACCGAAUCUUAUAUCGAUUUUAGGCUCAAGAGAUAGAUCACGUCUAUUAAGUGGACAAGAUCUGUUAGAUAACAAUUCAACAAUAAUCAUGACAAAUAAAUCAAUCUCAGUCGGAAAUAGUACAGGGAAUAAUGACAGUAAUGGUGGUAAUAAUAAUAAUAAUAAUAAUCAACAAACAUGGGGCUUGGAAUAUCAUGAAUCAUCUGGGAAUAAAAGUAAUUCAAUGGAUUGUUCUAGUCCUUUAUCACAACUACCGACUACAUCUUCAACAAAUGUAACACUGAACCAAUUUCAAAAUAAUAGGGAAUAUCAAAUAAAAAUGGAGUCGAACUGUUAUGAUCCGCCUAGUAACAGUAGUAGUAACAAUACACAAAUGUCAAGUAAGACAUAA